AUGCACCGUCGGGUGGAGCACCAUACCUUCUAUCCCUCUCGUUCUUUGUUCAAGCCUACAGACCGAUUGCUCUGCGAAGCAGGAUUCCUUGAAAUCCCCCCAUCUGCAGUCUUUGCAGAAUGGCUGCUACAGAAGCAACGCUCGCUUUUCUUUGGCGAGGGUCGUGGCCACCUCACGAGCGUCCAUACUGUCGAAAGUCACCGCACUUACACAAUGGUUUAUACGCGGUAUGAUCUUGAUGCUGUUCUCCUGCCGUCUCACUUCUCGUGGGACUGGGCUGCAGUGGUCGGUGAGCCUAUUGUGUCCGUUCCAAUCGGAGCCAUGGCCCCUGGUCAGCCUAUUGUGUCUGACGCUGAUGGAUUGGUAUCGGCGGCUCCUAAUAUCCCGUUUGGUAUCAGUUUCUUGGGAGCAAAGUUCACCGACGCAAAAAUCAUCGGGCUGGCUUAUGCCUUUGAACAGCGCGCCCUGAUCCGCAACACAGUGCAUCCAUACAUUGUGCCACAGACAGACCUUCGGGAUGUGGUGAUGAAGUGA